ACAUCCUUUGAAAGUGGUCCCGAAAACAUUCGAAAGUACGGGAGACAUUGUGGCAUCUUCACCAAUGUGAUCGUAUGCUUCGUGCACUGCCAAGCAGCCGUGAUAUACAUUCUUUACGUGUCCAGCUCGCUUCAGCAAGUGAGGAACGAGUCGUGAUCGAGUACUUCACCGGGGUCGAAUUGGACGUGCGCGUCUACAUAGUAGUUGUUUUCCCUUUCUUCUGCGGUUUUGGUUUCCUGCCAAAUCUGAAGUACCUGGUGCCUUUUUCCUUGAUCGGCUCGGUGUUCAUACUGGUCGGCCUCUGUGUAACGCUCUGCUAUUUAUUGGACGAUUUUCCUGAUCCUGGAAGAUUGAAACCAUUCACACGUGUUUUACCUAUACCCUUGUACUGCACCAUAUUUAUGUACGCCAUGCAUAAUGUGACUGUAUGUUUGCCUCUUGAGAACACUAUGAAGAAUCCUCGACAUCUGCCUUACCUGAUAACCGGCAACAUGACAUUCAUCAUGUUCUUGAAUGCGAUAUUCGGAUUCCUUGGUUACAACAAAUAUAUGGAUGCCACCUGUGAUACCGUGAUUAAGAAUCUGCCGAUUGAAGAAAAGCUCGCGCAAUGGAUCAAAAUAAUCAUUUCUCUGUCCGUGAUGUGUUCGUUUGGAUUAGGUUAUUACGUGAUAGUUUCAAUACUAUGGCCAAUGAUCAAGUCGAGAUUUGAAAAUUAUAAUUACAGUGAGAUAAUAUUUCGUUUCUGCGGAGUAAUUGUACUCUUUCUCGUUGCCAUCGCAGUCCCAGAAAUGGUUCCUUUGCUCGGAUUUUUAACAGCCUUUAGUAUAACCACAGGCAUGCUAUUGAUUCCUGUAUUAACAGAGACAAUGACAAAAUGGCAAACAGCUACAAAGUACCUUUUAGCAAAGAAUGUCAGUAUUUCCUUCAUCUGGAUAACAUUAAUGAUUUUUGGAGCUAUUGAAAGUAUGCAGUCCAUCAUCAGGGAAUAUGGCCAUGUGAAAGAGAAAGGCUGCUGAUUGAGUAUUAAUUAGUGAAAAUCGAAACUGUAAAAUCAAUUCUGCUGCUGCACCUGUUUCUGAAAUUAAAAAGAAUUUUGUAAUGACUGUAGAAAUAUAUGUUUCUUGUUAUAAUUUAUAGAUAAAUUUUCGUUCUUAUCAUUCUUUGUUUUUUACCAUUUGUAAUUGUAAGACUAACAGAAGAAACCUUUUAAAAAAGCUAGAAAAGGUGCUAAUUAUAGAAGAAUGUGAGUAAGUAAAACAUAAAUACAUACACACAGAUUUUUUAUUUUGCUGCAAACAACAUUAAUAAUUUAAUUAAAAAAUUAAGAAAAGAUUGUAUAAACCAGAUAUGUAGAAAAUUAAACAAAAAUGCAUUCGAUGAAAACUUCAUUAAUACAGAAUAUGAAAUUUCAUUUUUUUUAAUUAAAAUAUUUUGUCCAAUUUCAUUUGCAUGUUUAUUAAAAACAGAAAACAGUAUACAACGAUAUUUGCAACGGAUACAGUUAUAUCCUUUUUCUGUUCACAGUACAUAAUGGGUUUCUGCGAAUUAACGGAGAUAAUUACAUCAGCAUAAUGGAAAAACAAAUUGUAAUUGCGGAAGGAAGUUUUUGUGUAGAUGCGGUGACGUUGUCCAGAACUAGGAAAAACAAUCUAACCAAUCAUUAUAACUGCGGAAUGUUAUUUAUACGAUUUAUUAAUUCAGUAUGAAUGAUUUAUCGAUUGUACUCAUAAUAAUGCAUGUGUACUAACUGUUCAUUUAUUGAAAAUUAAUUCAUAGAAUAUCUUAAAUUUUAAUUUUCGAUAUUUGUUUGACAGAAGCGAAAAAUAUAGGCGUGGAAACUUUAAGCGAAGUUUCUUAUCGUUCUUCCAUUUAGAACGCUUUAUUUGUCAAGGAAGGAUCUCGUUAACAAUUAAGAUUUUUUUUCUCAACACUGUGUAUUUGCUGCUGCUUAUGAUUAGAGGAGUGUUAGAAUGAGUCAUCAAUGGCAAUAUACAUAGAUUUCUAUAAACGAGAAAUGAAUUUUAUUUAUGACAGAAUUAAUACGAAGAUUUAAGGUAUUCAAUACGUUUGCAUCCUAAAAGAAAUUAGCACUGAAAGCUUUUAAGCGUUCACCGCCACAGUAGAAAUAACCAUAUCUAGUCAGACACGCGAUAAGAUAGAUUAGGAAAGAUAUUAAACAUUAAUUUCUUAAUACGAUGCUUCAUUUUGGUAUUUCACAUUAUUACUGUAAUUUUAAUGUUAUCCUAACAUUUCCAUUUCUUAAUUAUUUAAUUUAAUUAAAUUAGUAGUGUUGAUCACUGUCUUUAGGUAUUUUAAACAAUCAGAGGGUUGAAAAACUGGAAAAUUCAGCUAUAAUUUAAAAAACAUCCUAAAAAUCAUAAAUUUCAUGAUUUUAAUGAAUUUUGUAUCCCUCCCAAAAAAGUAUCUCUUAACCAUGGAUCCAAUAAAACUGCUAAAUAUGAAAUAAUAAUUUUCUGGCUAUUAUUUUUUCUGUUACAAAAUUUAAAUUUGA